GACAGCUCUUGUAUUUAUAUAAAGGUUGAAACAGUUCAAAGCAUUAUUUUGGUCAGUGAAUUUUUUUGUGUUCGGUAUUUUAGUAAUGGCGUUUAUGGAAAUUUUUAGCGGACCUCUGUUUGCUACAUUUUUAAUUGGAGUAUCCACUUUCCUCCUGGCUUUAUGGUAUUCCAUGAAAAAGCAAUCUUAUUGGAAAGAGAGAAAUGUGCCCUAUGUCAAACCACUGCCAUUCCUAGGAUCUCUCUUGGACAAUGUCACAAUGACUAUGCAAGAUCAGGACAGCAAAAGAUAUAAUUCUUUGGGUCCGAUUUAUGGUGUUUAUGAAGUGAACAGUCCUACCCUGACAGUGGCGGAUCCAAAACUUCUCAGAGACAUACUUGUCAAAGAUUUUGCUAAUUUCCCGAACAGAAGAUCCGUCAUAGUUGGUGACAAAAUUGAUGACAAUAUGCUCCCAAGUCUAGAGGGUGAAGAUUGGAAGAGAGUAAGGACCAUUAUCACUCCAACUUUCACAACUGGAAAACUUAAAAGGCUCAUGAGUAUUUUCAAAGACUGUGCCAAAACAUUAGUUCAAAAUUUCAAGAUGUCUGAAAUGAAAAAGGAACCCAUUGAUGUCAAGAGAUUGUUUGGAGCGUUCACUAUGGACGUGAUUGCUAGUUCUGCCUUUUCGACCAAAUUAGAUUCUCACAACGAUCCAGAAAAUACAUUUGUUCGAUAUGCAAGAGAAGGUUUUGGUACUAAGAUCAGUUGGAGAAUGCUUCUUUUUCUGCUCUCACCCAAAUUAGUGAACUUCUUUAAGAUAGCAGUUACCAACCCAGCCUCCACAAACUUUUUCAGCGAAGUGACUGCGCAGAUUAUAGCUGAAAGAAAAAGGACAAAACAAACCAGAAAUGAUUUUCUUCAACUAUUGAUGGACACGGCUGAAGAGACUAAUAAGAGUGAGAAAAAAGAUGAUGUAGAUGAUGAUGAAAUUGCUGCAAAGUAUGGACAAGAUUUCGUCAACCAAACCAUUUUUAAUACAUCGGAAAAUAAAAACCUCUCGAUGGAUGAGUUGGUGGCCCAGUGUGUCAUUUUCUUUUUGGCUGGCUAUGAAACCACAGCAACAUUAUUAACUUACGUCAUGUACUGCCUGGCUCUGAAUGGGGACAUUCAAGAGAAAGCUUAUCAAGAAAUUACACAAUGCUUAAAGGAGACGAAUGGUGAAUUGACAUACGAAGCUUUACACAACAUGAAAUAUUUAGAUAACAUCAUUUCAGAGACUUUAAGACUCUAUCCGCCAGCAGUGAGAACUGAAAGAAAGGUUGCAUCAGAAUAUAAACUGGGCGACACCGGUAUUAUUUUGGAAAAAGACAUGAUUGUAGGCAUUCCUAUAUUUGUUCUCCACCGGGAUCCAAAAUAUUAUCCAAAUCCGGAGAAAUUCGAUCCAGAUAGAUUUUCAGCUAAAGAGAUAGCUAAAAGAGACGCCUACGUGUAUCUACCCUUCGGACAUGGUCCGAGAAAUUGUGUCGGCAUGAGAUUCGCUCUGCUUGAAGCCAAAGUCUGCCUCGUAUAUAUUAUCAGCUGCUUUAAGACUAAGCCAUGUGAUAAGACACCAGUACCCAUAAAGUUUGCCCACAACUCCUUUGCUCUUCUUCAUCCCAAAAAUGUUUUUCUGGCUACGGAAAUAAGAAAAGAUUGUCAACUCAAGCCUUAAAAAUUCAUUCCUACUGAUGAUGUUGUUUUAAUGUUCCAUCUGCAAGAAAAUUUUUAAUGCUAUUAAUUGCUGACUAGUUUUUGUGAAAAAAUGUUAAUUACUAUCUUAUGAAGUGAUAUCAUAUGCAUGGUUCUCAAAAUAUUUUGUGAAAAUAAAAAGAGUUCGUGUAUUAUAUAAGAUUUUCCUGUUUUUUACGACGUUCGUCUAAAUUUAUGGUGUGUUUAAGAAGUAGAAAUUAACAUUUGCUUGCAGGACUGUUUCGUAAUUAUUCCCCUUAACAUCUGCAUGCUUCACUCCCUUUCUCUUUAUUCUGUUAAUUAAUUUGUUUCACGCUCUUCAGUAGUAGUGAUUGGUUAGAUUUCGAUUACUUUUUUUCUCUUAGAUAUUAAAUAGUGAAUUCAUAUGCUUUAUUGAUUUCAUUUUUGACAAGAAAUUUUAGAAACUUGCAUUGAGGUGCGGGCAUUACGGAACACCCUCUGUGCAAUUCGUGUACUAUUACUUUCGUGUAUUUUCUACGUUUUGUAAAUAAAUAAAAUGUAACGUGUUGCUCAUUUUUUUAAUAAUAAAGUGUUGUUCAUUAUUUUUAA